AAUGUGUGUUGUAAGAGUUUCAAUACAUCUGGUAAUUUGAAGAAACAUGAAAUAAUACAUACCAGUGAUAAACCUUACUCUUGCAAUGUUUGUGGUAAGAGUUUUAGUACAUCUGAUACUUUGGAGAAUCAUAAAAGAAUAUAUACCAGUGAUAAACCUUACUCUUGCAAUGUUUGUGGUAAGAGUUUAAAUACAUCUGAUACUUUGGAGAAUCAUAAAAUAAUACAUACCAGUGAUAAACCUUACUCUUGCAAUGUUUGUGGUAAGAGUUUAAAUACAUCUGAUACUUUGGAGAAUCAUAAAAUAAUACAUACCAGUGAUAAACCUUACUCUUGCAAUGUUUGUGGUAAGAGUUUCUAUCAAUCUGGUACUUUGAAGACACAUAAAAGAAUACAUACUGGUGUAAAACCUUACUCUUGCAAUGUUUAUGGUAAGAGUUUCAAUCAAUGUGGUUCUUUGAAGAAACAUAAAAUAAUACACACAGGUGAUAAACCUUACACAUGCAAGGUUUGUGGUCAGAGUUUCAAUCUAGCUUGGACUUUGAAGACACAUAAAAUAAUACAUACCAGUGAUAAACCUUACUCUUGCAAUGUUUGUGGCAAGAGUUUCAGCCGAUCUGGUAAUUUGAAGAGACAUAAAAGAACACAUACAGGUGAUAAACCUUACUCUUGCAAUAUUUGUGAUGAGACUUUCUAUCAAUCUGGUCAAUUGAAGACGCAUAACAGAAUAUAUACCGGUGAUAAACCUUACGCGUGUAAUAUUUGUGGUAAGAGUUUCAGCCAAUCUGGAACUUUGAAUACACAUAAAAGAUUACAUACAGGCGAUAAACCUUACUCUUGCAAUGUUUGUUGUAAGAGUUUCAAUGCAUCUGGUAAUUUGGAGAAUCAUAAAAGUAUUCACACAGGUGGUAAACCUUACUCUUGCAAUAUUUAUGGUGAGAGUUUCUACCAAUCUGGUCAAUUGAAGACACAUAACAGAAUACAUACCGGCGAUAAACCUCACGGGAGUAAUUUUUGUGGUAAGAGUUUCAGCCAAUCUGGAACUUUGAAUACACAUAAAAGAAGAUACAGGUCAUAAACCUUACUCUUGAAAUGUUUGUGGUAAGAAUUUCUAUAAAUCUACUACUUUGAAGUCACAUAAAAGAAUACAUACUGGUAUAAAGCCUUACUCGCGUAAUGUUUGUGGUAAUACUUUCCGUGCAUCUGGUACUUGGCAGACACAUAAAAGAACACAUACGGGUGAUAAACCUUACUCUUGCAAUGUUUGUGGUAAGAGUUUCAAUCUAGCUUAGACUUUGCAGACACAUAAAAGAAUACAUACAGGUCAUAAACCUUACUCUUGCAAUGUGUGUGGUAAGAAUUUCUUUAAAUCUGCUACUUUCAAGACACAUAAAAGAAUACAUACUGGUGUAAAACCUUACUCGUGUAAUGUUUGUGGUAAUAGUUUCCGUGCAUCUGGUACUUUGCAGACACAUAAAAGAGCACAUACGGCUGAUAAACCUUACUCUUGCAAUUUUUGUGGUAAGAGUUUCAAUCAAUGUGGUUCUUUGAAGAAACAUAAAAUAAUACACACAGGUGAUAAACUUUACACAUGCAAGGUUUGUGGUCAGAGUUUCAAUCUAGCUUGGACUUUGAAGACACAUAAAAUAAUACAUACCAGCGAUAAACCUUACUCUUGCAAUGUUUGUUGUAAGAGUUUCAAUGCAUCUGGUAAUUUGGAGAAUCAUAAAAGAAUUCACAUUGGUGGUAAACCUUACUCUUGCAAUAUUUGUGGUGAGAGUUUCUAUCAAUCUGGUCAAUUGAAGACAUAUAACAGAAUACAUACCGGUGAUAAACCUCACAGGAGUAAUAUUUGUGGUAAGAGUUUCAGCCAAUCUGGAUCUUUGAAUACACAUAAAAGAAACAUACAGGUCAUAAACCUUACUCUUGCAAUGUGUGUGGUAAGAAUUUCUAUAAAUCUGCUACUUUGAAGACACAUAAAAGAAUACAUACUGGUGUAAAACCUUACUCGUGUAAUGUUUGUGGUAAUAGUUUCCGUGCAUCUGGUACUU